AUGGCCAACAGCAAGGAGUUGUGCUCCAUACGGGAGUGGGCCCCGCUAACUGAUAUCAUCGAUCACAUUCCGGCACGGCUGCAGCGGGGAUUCUUUUCAGCCAAUCUCAAUUUAACUUGCGUCGAUGGAACAAACGAAUUCCUGGCCGUGGGUAGUGAUGCGGGCAUUGUAUUCUGGUACAAUCGCCAAACGGGCGAGAUGCAGAAGCUCAAGUCGGAGGUUGCCACACGCAUUACGUGCGUGAAGAUAGUCAAUUCGGUGGAGUACAUGGUGGCUGCAGGAUGCGCCAAUGGACAAGUCAGCAUAUUCCAGAUACAGAAGGAACUGCCCCAGGACUUGAAUCUGGUGGCUCCCUGUACGCGCAGCAAGCCCAUCGAACGCUACACCAUCCGCGACCUGCACCGCUGCGUGGUCAGCUGCUGCGAGUGGUCGAAGAAUGGAAUGAAACUCUUCUCCGGCGACCGCCAAGGCGUUGUGGUGCUAACGGAAUUCGACUAUCAAUCGCACCUAAGCAAAUCUGUUGAGAUCCUGAGCGAAGCCUAUGAAAUCGUCCAGCUAAGCGUACACCAAAGCCACUUGCUCGUGGCCACGCUCUAUCGUUGUAUCGUGUGCCAGCGCGACGUCCAAACUGGACAGUGGCACAUCACCCAGGUGGGCAAGAAGGAUCGCAAGCAGCUCAUCGACUGUGGCGGCGUGUUCCUUAAGAAGUUGUCGAAUAGCAAGCCACAGCUCAUUUGCGGGCGACCUGGUCUGCGCUUCUGGAUAGCCGACACCAUCGGCAAUGUGUCUAGGACCCUUCUAUUUAGGGACGCUGUGCUGCGCAGUCCCACGUGGGAGAUACCCAUACUAAACCCGAAGCUGCGCAGUGAUCCAUCCACCAGGGCACAACCAGCCGUUGCGGAAGAUGGAGAAAGCGAAGUGCCCUACGUGGCCAGCAGCAAUUUCCGCCAGUUGUAUUUGUACGACGGCCAGGACUCCUUGCUGGUGACCCAUGACGAUACCACUUUGUAUAUAUUGAAUGUCGACCGCCUCAAGGUGGAAGCGGUAGCGCGCGGGUUUCGCAAAAUUCUCGACUUUUGCGUUUAUGGCAAGGAAAUCUUUGUUCUGGAAGGCGAGCGCUCCCUGUUGCGGUUGGCUCCACUUCCGGAGCCACCAAACAAGACGGCGAAAGUAAUAUUUAAUCCGUUGAUGCCGCCGCCAGUUCCUGUCCUAGGCGCUCCGCACUCCUCCCAGCUGGAGUCACCGCUGGAACUGCAAGCGGAGCCCCUGCACUGUGCCGAAGAAUGCUUUGAGCUGCCACCCGUCGAGAAGCUCGAUCUGAACGUUCCCAUUGAGCUGGCCGUGGAGUCGCCGUUGGCUCAGCAGAACCGACGCCUAGACAUUUUUCGUCGCAUAGGCGAAAUGGAUUUCGAGCAGUCUAUAGUUCACACCAGCGGUACGACCUCCAGUAGAAGGCGCAAGACAUCUGUGGUCAAGCAGAGCAGUGGCUUGGGCGUCGUAGAAAUCGGCCACGAGACACAUGAGAUGAAACUGCCGCUCACUAGUGCCGCCACGAUAAUGGAGGCCAGCUACUGUCAGAUGGAGAACAAUGGCCUGGCUUCGCCUUUGGACUUGAAGAGCGCCUUUAUGGAGCACCUACCGGACACCCUGAGCCCGACCACACUUCAAAAGACCGUAGCGGCCAAAGCCAAGUCCCUCGCCGCCGAGCUGGACCUGCCCGAGGUGCACCUGGCCCCACUCACUCAAGAAGAGCUGUGUGCCGCCCAUGCUCAGACGAAACAACUGACUGAGUCUUUGAUCAGCUGUUAUCCCACGCGACUGGAGGAGGCCAGUAUGCAGACAGCUCCACACAAAAUGCAUACCGUCGACGAUUACAAUGCGGGCCAGCCGAUAGACGGGAUUUGUGCGUCUGCUCCCACGAAGCCAAAAGUGGCGCCUCUAAAGUUUGUCAACAGCAGGCCGAAGGCAACACUAACCCUGAAAGAUGAUACGGACGAGGAGGAGUACACAAGCUUUUUGCCAGACUUUCGACGGGCUGGAGACCCCUUGAGAAAUGAAACCCCAGCCACAAGCGAUUCCAACACGUCCAGCGAAUGGGAGUUUCUGGACAAUUAGUUGCAGUAUUACCCAUAAGUGUAUCAUUUGCACUUGCUUUCAAAUUGAUUUUGAGCACAUUACACGCUUUUUUUUUGCAGCUCCGCUCAACGAAACUGUUGAGCGUUUUAGAGUGUGAUUAUCGUGAUUUAUUUAUAUGAGUCGAAUUAACACAAGUGUACAUAACUUUAGGAUUAGUAAUCUUCAUUCAAAAUUUAAACCUGUCAUAUGGAGGUAACACUUAGAUGAGCACUGUGAUCUUGUCCUAGUGCUAGGAUAUUGAUAUCAAUCCCUGUGUUACUUCCCUCAAACAUUCGAAUGCUUUAAGUAUUUUAUAUUGCAACACACAAAAUACAAUUAUCUUACAUAAAUGCAAUCAUUCCA